AUACUGCUCUCUCUUUCUCUCUUACAGUCCACCAACUACAACAUCGUGGCGGAUGAGAAAAUGUUGGUCUUGCCCUGCAGCAAAGAGGAAGAUCGUGGCAAUGCGGUACUCUCCGAUUUUGUGGACGUUACCGACCUGCAGCUGGAGCUCGACAAGGACCUUCAAACAUUCCACAUCAGUUGCGAUAUUAAGAUCAAACUGCUGCCCAAGGGACCCAUCAAAAUGCAGGUGGAUGUCUAUCGGUGGGAGCGUGGACAGUGGUCGCCAACAGUUUUCGCAUUGAAGCGUGAUGAUAUUUGCCGAUCGCUGGUAGAUCCUUUUGAGAUAUGGCAUCUAUACAUUGUCACCCAGAUACCCAAGAGUCAGCGCACCUGUCCACCAAAGCUAGGACAAGUUUACAACUUACGGAAUAUCACGAAUCGCAUGACGCUGAAGAAUAUGCCACGCUGGGAUAUUGAAGGUGAUCUCAAGUCCGUGGUGCAUUUUACAGUUGGCUCAAAGACCAUUUGUGCUCUUGCCUUUGUUACAAUCACAAUUGAAUAAAUGCGGAACAUAUUAUAUUAUCCUUGUAUAGUAAGUGGAUGGGUAGACAUACAUAAUAUGUAGGCUAGUAAGUUCUUGAAAUUGUUUGCUGUGCUUUUACGAUCUGUAUUCUACCUAAAUACUUCUAUCUAAAUGAAUUGCAAAUAAACAAGAUUUCGUACAGCAACACCAAAAAAAAAUGUCGCGUAAUUUGCAGCCAAAGUUCUCUCAUCUCAUCUUUUGUUAAAGUGAUAAGCAAAAUACUCGUAAUCCCCCAGUAAAAGCAAAGUAACGCUCUGCUCUCGUAAUCCCCAUUUGCUAUUUGCCAACGGCUCAAAGUCAGCGCCACACAAUUUCAGCAAAUUGUGUUAACUCUGAUGAAAAACUGAACUCAUUCUUAUUUGGCCGUUGGCGCGUGAUGGCAAAAGUAACCCACUGAAUUUAUGAUCCCAUCUCCUCCCAUUUAUUUACUAUAUUCUCCCCUCCCCAAGAACCUCCCCAAGAUCCUCUGACACAUCGUGUGUGCUAUCUAGCUGAAUCUCACGUGGUGGCGAAUUUCAUUGCCCCCGUUUGUUCAUACUGCAAAACAAUUAAAAUAUUGAAUGUAAGGCACACUUCAUGCAAUUUACUUUAAGCUAUUAUUUGCUAGCUACUUUAUACGAAAAACCUACAUACAUAUAGUAAGUCAUUCAUUCCCAUUCCCAUUUCUUUAACUCUAUCAACAAUAAUAUGAAUAGCUUUAUAUU